AGCGAUCGCUCAAGAUGACCACAUAAUACCAUGUACUUAAUAUAUUGAUAUUGCUCCAAUACAAUGGGACACGAUUUUUAUAGGUUUUUAGGCCGUACAAGUUUAUCGAUAUUUAGGAAUUAAAAUGAUGAUUUUGAUUUGGAAUUAUUAUAUAAAGUGAUCAAGGGUAAUGUAUUAUAGGAAUUAUAUAUUGUUUCUGAUUUCCAUCGUGACUUUCAAGAAAUGAAUACCUCGAAUUCAAGCACGGACACCAGGUAUUACUACGCCUCAGAAGUGGCCAGAAAUCUACGCAAAGCAUUCCGAGAGGCCUGGGCAAGAGAAGUAAUACACAGAAAAGAGUGUGAGGAUCCAAUUGAUCACCAGGACAUGUACGUCUUUCUGCUCCUUCCAGCCGUUCUGAUCAUGAUGAUUUUAUUCGUCUCGAAAACGGAGGUUGUCGAACGAGUUUUACAUGGGAAAAAUGUCCCGAGAAAACCUAAAGAUACCUUUGGGUCAGACCGGUUUUCCUUUGCCGCGAUAUUUGGUGCUUUGACGUUUCUCUGUUUUGAGAUAGCUGUAAAACGACGUUACGUCGUACGAAAUGCCAAUGACGGUCCAUUGAACAUACAAAUUCUAGCUGCUGUUGUUUCCAUUAUUGUAUACACGCUGGAUUACUUCCCUUUGUUGACUGCUCUGGCAGACAAGACAGUGGUAGGAGACAUGGCGGGGACGCUUUAUAUCUGGACGAUGACGUCACUGUUCAUUAUCCAGAGACUUGGUUGUUACGGCGAAGAGGGGAGGCGACUGGUAUUAUUCAUACAAAACAUUCCCAUCUUUAUGUGCCUCAUUUUCCUGGCGGUCAGUUUUCCAGCAAGAUUAAUCCUGUCAGUCCGUAAAAUUCUGAAGAAAGUGGACGGUACAUACGAGGAAUUUUCUGAGCAGGAGACGGACAUCAUAAGACAAACUCCGCAGGGGAGAUACGUCCAGAGUCUCCUUAGGAAAAGACCCAAAGAAACAUUGAAAAACAAAGUGUUACAUACCGCCUCUCGGCUAUUAUAUUUUAUUAAAAUGAAAAUAAAACAGAAAGUAACUUACAAAAAUAUUCCAGAAUUUCGUUAUUCUCUGAGAAUGAUGGGUGUCGUAGUUAUUGGGGUUCUCCUUAUUUACAUGAUAUCUGCGGAGGUUCUUCUUGGGUUGAUUCCGAUUCUUUCCUACAUAAAAUCUCUAAUUUUGAGGAAGAUCUCGGCGAUUGAAGGUUUCUCAGAAGAACACAAUUAUAACUUUACUAUUACAGUGCUUAGUGUGACAAGGGACGUAACCGUUGCUAUACAAGUUUGUGCUAUUCUGUCCUCGUUUCUGGUGUUCUGUAUUGGUCUACUGAAUAUCAUCCACACACUUAUUUCAUACAGAGAUAAUUUAACAGAAAAAAAAAAAGAUUGUAAGAUUGUUCCUCUACUGGAAUAUAAAAGCCUGGAUAGAGAUAAGGAUGUGGGAAGCAUGCAGUUUGCAGGUUACCAAAUAGGAUUCGUUAUUUUUGCUUAUGCCGUGCAGAUUGUGAUUUUGUUCUUCUCGUCCUUCGGAAUAGCCUUGGUGUUCAUCGUUAUAAAGUACAACCGUGAAAGACCGAUCCGAAUAAUUGUGGAAAUGACAUGGCCUAUGGUUGUUUUCUCGAUACUAGUGCGACUUCUUCAGAUCAUUACUGCAAAAUUUAUUUUCCUUCAGGAUAGAGGGAGAGUGAUGGCGAUUAGAUAUCGGCGGAGUUACCUUGUGUUUCUGUAUUUUACUUUCAUUUUGGAUAUUAUAAUUGGUACAAUGCGCUGUCCGUAUCGCCUUGUUAAAGCAAUGAUUCUCGGCUCUCUCACACUGUCAAGACUGGAUCACAGCGCCCUCUCCCGGGAGUUCGAAACUUUAGAUACUGGUUUCCGUGCUUAUGUGGGAUUUCUGCACUUUGAGAAUAUGACAUCACAUCCGGUUUUAUUGACAUUUGUCCGUCUGCUGCUAGCAAGACCUGGGGGAUUCGAACCACCCCAAAAAUUAAAAGCCAGCGUCAAAGCAUCAGUGUCACAUGGAGAGGUCGUCAUAUCUGAAUUGGGGAGCGCAUUUUGGAAGGAUAAUCAACUGACAAAGAGAGCCAGAGCACAACAUCGCUGGCAUUUGUUGUACACUCUACACAAAAAUCCUCAGCUUCAGUUUCUACGAAGAAACUCAUUUGAUUGGUUAGAGGAUUAAAGAAAUACAUAGUUACCGAGCAACCUAAAAAUAAAAACUGAAAACUAGACAUUGUGGGUUAUGUUUUUUGUGAUUUUCAA